CAAACAUCGAAAACACCCCAAGUCACCAACGUACUUUGGAUUCCUGGGAAUUCGCGCAGAAACGAUGUCGACCUCAACGUCUGCGCCUGCGACUUAUAAGCAGCCUUCUCGAAAAGGCAAGAAGGCCUGGAGAAAGAACAUCGAUGUCACCGAAGUACAAGAAGGUCUUGAUGAAGUGCGAGAGCAAAUCAUUGACGGCGGUCUAAUCUCCGAGAAAACCGCUGACCAACUUUUCGCAAUCGACACCGUCGGCUCAUCCGACCUCCAAAAAGCCCACAACAAGCGCCACAAGCCCCUCAAAGUCGACGAGAUCCUCGCCCAGCGCUCUGCCGUGCCCGCAGUCUCCAACCUCAAGAAGCGUCUCUCCGACUUCGAAGCGCCCAAGACCAAGAAGCCGCGCAUCUCGCACAAGGACUACGACAAACUCCGCGCAAUCGCAUAUGGCGGCGAUGCGGUCCAGAAGGAUGUCGUGGAGACGGGUGGGACGGCCGACCACGAUCCCUGGGCUGUGCAGGAGGUGAAGCAGGACCCGCGGUACUCGUUCUUGGAGAAGAAGAAGGCGACCAGAGAGCCUGCGACGCUUAAGCGUGCGCCUGUUUCCCUCGCAAAGAGCGGAAAGCAGAUGCCCGCCGUCAAGAAACCCGAAGCUGGAAAGAGUUACAAUCCCCUAUUGGAAGACUGGGCGAACCUGCUCGAGAGGGAAGGCAACAAGGAAGUCGAGGCCGAGAAGCAGAGACUACAGGAGGCACGAGAGGAGGCGGCAAUAAUGGAGCGCGCCAUGAAGGAGGACGAAGAGGCGGAAGCCAACGAGAGCACAUGGGAGAGCGAGUGGGAAGGUUUCAGCGACGCCGAGGGUAACGAACUGAAAAAGAAGCGACCCGAGCGAAAGACGCCCACGCAGCGAAGCAAGAUCAGGCGGAGAAAAGCAGCCGAAGCGGAGGCCAAGCACCAAGCUAGGAUGAAGGAGCGAGAAAAGCAGGCCCAGCGCAUCAAGGAACUCGUCAAGUCAAUAGAAGCGAAGGAGAAAGCGAAGGCCAGCGCCAUCGCCAAAGCUACCAACCAAAACGACGCCUCCUCCGACGAAGAGGAAGACGAAGUCCUACGAAAAAGGCGAUUCGGAAAGUACCCUGUCCCCCAAGCACCUCUCGAAGUCGUUCUAGCCGACGAACUCCAAGACUCCCUCCGCCGCCUCAAGCCCGAAGGCAGCCUCCUCAACGACAGGAUGCGAAGCAUGCUCAUCCGCGGCAGAGUCGAGUCCAGGAAGCAGACCCAGAAGAAACAGCGCAAGACGACCACCUCGGAGAAAUGGUCCUACAAGGACUGGUCGCUCGACAAGCACGUUUGAAGUCUUGCCAACUUCAGCUACUAGACCUAUUAAAAUUAAACGUACGCUGCAUUUGCAUGGAGUUUCUUUGGAUGUUCUUUGGUUCGAUUCGUUUUUGAAAAGUUAAGACACUUUGCCACACAGAGGGACAUGAGCACAGAGAGAGGAAUGCAGGGGAACAAGCACAUAUAGAAGCCUCUAUUUCCGCCGAAGUCAUCAAAAAGCUAGCCCUCAAUAUAUCAUCAUAUCUCUGUCU